CGCCGCCGACGUUGCUCCGCAAUAAAAAUUUAAUAUAAAAUUAUUAUUAUUACUAUUAUUAUUAUAUACUAAUAGGUAUAGUACUCGCAUACAACACACAUUCGUUCGCGUGUCCUCGUGUGAUGUUCACUGGUGCUGCGUAGCAUUAAAUUGCCAAUAGUUUGUACUGUCCGACUUCGCUGUAUAGCCUGCGGUAUUAGAAAUUCUUGAAACCAUUUCACCUUAUUUCAGUAAUAAUAUUACUAUUGUACUUAAUGUAACGGUGUGAAGUAUACGAUAUUAUUAUUGUACAACAUAAAAUUUCAGAAUAUAUACAAUAUAUAUGCGAACAUUUGCUUUCGAUUUUUUAACGAUUUACGCUCAAUUAAUACUGAUAAAUACUAUAUAUAUUUAUUAUUAUUAUAUUCUGCGUGUGGCGUGCGUGUACGCACAAUAGUAUCUUUCCGCAUAUUUAUUUCAAUUGCGCGCAACUUGUUCUACCCGUUUUGUUUUUUUUAUUUUUUAACAUCUCUUUGACUCGAACGGUCUUAUUUUAUUGUACUACCUAAUCCCGUUAACAACAUGACUGACGCGUUUUUCGGCGGCAUUGAAGGGGGCGCUUCGGUUUCCACAGUCGUCAUAACCAACGGGAAUGGAGACAUAUUGGCUGAGAUCAAAGGACAAGGCACGAACCCGUGGAUUCUUGGGAUUGAUCCUUGUUUGUCUCGAGUUAAUGACUUAAUUAAAGAAGCUCUUGAAAAAGCUAAUCUUAACAACAAUAUCAAACUGAAUGGAUUGGGAUUAAGUUUAAGUGGAUGUGAAAGUGUUGCAUUCUGUAAAAAAUUUGAAGAUAAACUAAAAGAAUCUUAUCCAGAUCUUACUCAUGAAGUAAUUGUUGUUAGUGAUACAUUAGCACCAAUCGCAUUAGCUUGUGAAUCAGGUGGAGCUGUUAUUAUUUCUGGUACGGGUUCAAACAGUUUACUUAUAAAUCCAGAUUUGUCUAUAAAAAGAUGUGGUGGUUAUGGUCAUUUACUUGGUGAUGAAGGCAGUGCUUUUUGGAUAGCUUUCAAAAGCAUAAAAAUUUGCCUUGAUCAUUUAGAAGAUUUUAAUUAUGUUCCUAAUGGUUACUCAAUUGAUAAAGUAUGGGAAGCAAUAAAGGAACAUUUUAAUAUUGAUAAAGUUUUAGAUUUAUUGAACGUAUUUUAUGGCGAAAAAAAAGAAAAAUCUGAAAUAGCAAGUUUAUGUAAAACAAUAUCAGAAUUGGCUGAAAAUGGAGACGAACUAAGUUGUUGGAUAUUUGAUGAAGCUGGUAAAGAAUUAGCAAAAUUUAUACAAUCACUAUAUCCUGGUGCUGACAAAGUUUUACAUAAAGAAAAUGGUGGAUUGCACGUGGUAUGUAUUGGAUCUGUUUGGAAAAGCUGGGAUUUGCUCAAAAAAGGAUUUAUAAAUCAACUUAACAAUUACAAUUCACAACAAACAACCAUAAUAGAAGAAUUUACUUUAUUAGUGCUCGAAAAGACUGUUGCUUUAGGUGGUGUUUAUCUUAUUACAAAAAAAUUAAACUAUAACUAUCCAUUUGAUUAUGUUCAUAAUUAUAGGGAACUUUUCCAUUAUGUAUAUAAUCAAUAAUUUUAUAAUAAGAAACUUACCAUUUAGUGACCAUUACGUUUUAUAUCUAAUAUUUAAUUGAUUAUGUAUGUUAUUAUUGUAUUGUUAUUAUUAUGUAUGGUUGUGCCUUAGAGUAAGACUGAACUUUGUAUGUUCACAUGUAAUUGUGUAACUAGUGUACAUGCAUAUUAUAUAUUCUUAUUAAAUCAAGUAUUUUGAAUAUGGCCUAGUUUAUUGUACAAAUAAAAAAAAACUUUUAGAUACAGUGUAUUGAGUAGCUCACCAGUCCAUCACAAUACAGAACUUAUUAAUUUAUUACAUGCGAAUUUACAAACUCAAGUCUUACUUUUAAAUUUGUGACCUCUGCCCAUUUUUGUUUACUUGUUAUUUUAGCACUAUGAAUUAUUUUAAUUUAAAUUUUUUUUUAUUUUAUUAUUAGAUAGAUUUAGAAUAUGGCAUUAUAUGCCAAAUAUAGUUAUUAUUGGAGUAACAAAAGCUUUAGGAACAAAUACCCUGUCAAUUACCCAUUGUUUGUAUCCUUGUUUUGAUAUUCCAUAAUAACUAAAAUAUCAAUUUAUUUUAUUUUGUUAAAAAUCACCAAGAAA